AUGGGCAAGGUGUACUCGCAGCCGGCUUGUCGGUUGGCGUACGCCGGCGACGUCCGCGGUCUCUCUUCGCUGGCGGCCCGCGAUCCCGACAGCGUCGACGCGCGGGACGACGUCACCGGGGACACGCCACUCAUCGCCGCCUGUCGCCGGGGCCACCUGCGGGCGGCGGCCUUCCUGAUGGAGCGCCGGGCCGAUGUGCGCGCGCGCAACAAGAAGCGGCGCACGUGCCUCCACUACGUGGCCAAGCAGAACUUUUCCCUCCUGGAUCACCUGAUCAUCCUGAUCCUGAUGCCCAUCCUCCUCCUGGGAUACUUCCUCCUGUUGCAGAAGCAGCGGCGUAACGAGGCCCUGAUGAAGCUGGUGCUGGACAGCGAAGUGGACGUCAACGCGGCCGAUUACAAAGGCAACACGGCUCUUCACUACGUUUGUCUGAGGAAACGUCACCAUUUAGUUCCCCCGCUGCUCCUCAGAGACGCCGACCCACACGUCAAGAACCACGACGACGAGUCGGCGCUGGACAUCGCCGUGAGGCUGAAGUUCACCAAAGUGGUGCGGCUGCUGAGGAAGACUCAGUGA